AUGCUGUUCAAUCAGCAGCUCCCCCUUUCGGAGAUUCAGAGGUACAAGCGCCUUGCAGCUUCUGAGCGACCUCCUGAGCUUUCGGUCCGCCAGCGCAAUGGAAAGCCAGAGCCGACUGCCGAUGCAAAACGCCGGCGCUGGCUGCAAAUCCAAGCGGCUUACGACACGCUCAUGAACCCACGGCGCCGUGGGCUGUACGACCGAAGCAAUCCUGGCACAGAAGGGCCUUGCCCCAGUCUGGCAGAGCCGGAGGAUGGUGCUACAGGAAGUCUGCAAGAACGACUGCUUGCGUUGAAGCUGGAAGAUGAGUCAAGCUGGGCCCUCGUGCAGCAAGUCUUCGAGGAGCUACUCGUCGAUGAGCCGGGUGACGACGACGGCGACGCUCCCACCAGAGUUGAGUUUGGUGGGCAUGCUGCUGCUUGGGAAGAAGUUCGCAAAUUCUACGAUUUCUGGGGAAGUUGGAACACACGACGACCGUUCCAAGAAGCCGGCGCCUUCAGCAGUGAGGAGAUUGCUGCAGCAGCCAACCGUGCAGCACGGCGCUGCAUGGAGCAGGAGAACGAGAGGCGUCGAAAGGCACAGCGUUCCAAGUUCAGCGGAGAGGUGCGCGAGGCCGUUGCUGCCUUAAGGGACCGGGACCCUCGUGUGCAGGCCCGUGCUCGUGCCUGUGCAGAGGAAGCGAGGGACCGCGAGGCCCUUCGCGAGGCCGAGGAGGACCGGCGCCAGGCCGAGCGCCAGGAGCGGCGGCGUGCUGCUCGCGAGCUCGAGCUGCAGCGUUGGGAGGAGGAGGCGAAGGCGGCGAAGGCGGCGAAGGAGACUGAGGCCGCAGAGGCAAACCCAGAAACCUUGGAGAGCCUUUCUGCCAUCUCAGCACCACCUGCAACACCGCCCUAUCCCGGAGUGCCGUCGCCGUGGAUCUGCACGGUUUGCGAGGGGAAGGCCUUCCCAUCACGCCAGGCUUACGAGGAUCACAGGGCUACAAAGCGGCACAAGCGAAAUGCCCGGAGCACUCCCGAGAGCACUUGUCCAUCUAUGGACUCUGUGGGCGUCUCUCCAUACAUGCUGCCAUCCACAUCUGCCCUCGCUAACUUGGCCGAUUUGCCAGGUUUGCAGCUUCCUAUGGCCUCUUGUGCCGGGAGCUCCCACCCAGAAGCGGAGGAGACAUUCGAGGACUGGCACCCUGGCACUGGCGUGUCAACGUUGCGAAAGGAGCACUGGAGUAGCAUCUUCGGUUUUCUGACAAGCCGUGAAACCAUGCUCUCCAUCUCGGCUCUGCUGUGCACAAGGGCACUGCGUUUUGGUGUUCUUACAGAUGCUGGCCUUUGGCAGCUGCUGAUGCAGCAGCACUGGAUUCGAGCGGGGGCAGCCGGGGCCACUGCCAGGGCCAGCACUGCAGCUGCUUUGGCCCAGUACCGCCUUUUUUCCAAUGCUGUGGCUGCAGAGUUUUCCUGUACUCAUUUCGCAGCUGCAGCGGGCGUGGGCCUGGACGAGUGGUCUGGCGACGAUGCGGGCAGGGACUUUAAUGUUGAGCCCGAGGUGUACCCCUUCCGCUCCAUGCUUCUGGAGACUCCAUUCCACUCCAUCACUGCCGAGCAUGGGCUGAUUGCGGUUAACUCCAUGACCUCCGAGAUCAGGCUGAUUGAGGCCACCGAGUCCUCGUUUCGCCGUUUGCCGGCCUUACGGCGGCCCCGGCGAGGACUUGCGGAGCGGAUGGCCUUAUGUCCGCAGGCAGACAGCGGUAUUUUGGCAGUGGCCGAGGCAGAUGGCGUCGUGCGACUGGAGGAUGUUACUGAGACCGAGGCUGUUUGCCCGGAGCUUGCUCGUAACUCCUUCCCUGGAUCUUGCCAGGGUCUUUUCUGGCUGCGACAGACCUUGGCACUGUGCAGUGCUUGGGCUGACGGCCCGCUGCCCUUCACGUUGGAGCCCCUCAGUGUUGACACACUGCGGGACACCAAAAAGGCCCCUGGACUCGAUGGCGCCAGUGUCCUUCUUGGAACACCCUGGUCUGUUGCAGGCACUCCGGUGGUCGAACUCUGCACUGCUCGCCUCAGGUGGGGAUGCAGGAGGCAUUUGCCUUUGGGACUUCCGGUGCUCCGAACUCCAGCGGCUUUGGAGCAGCAAUGGCACAACAUUGACAACGGUAGCCGCGACUGGGUGGACGCAGAUGGCUACCACGUGGCCGCCACAAUGCUCACCUCAAAAGGCCUGGCACUGCAGGGCCUCGAUUUGCGUCGCCCAGAUGCCAGCCACACUGAGCCAUUGUUCCUACGAGACCUUCUGCAAAUGUGCCCUCAGCCAGAUGUAGCAAAUGUCCAGGAGUUGUGGCCCAGUUGCCUGUCUGUCGGCAUGCUUGGUGAAACAUAUGCCGUCUUCAACGACAGCACAAAUGGCCUUGACUAUUUGGCUUGCUUUGCCGGAGGCCCUAGCAUGUCGCCGCUGGUCAUGCGCCCAAGCAGCUUCAACAUCACAGCUUUGCAGUGUGCCAGCAGCCAGUGCGCGAGCAUGGUUGGGGUCUGCAGCCCGAGCCACAUCAGCAAAGGAUGGGCAGAGUUGCGCUGGCUUUCCCGGACUUCUGCUCAGCAAAAGGCCAGCCGCAAGGUCAAGCCGAAAAAGUUCUUUCGACAACGCGAUGCAGGCGAGAAUGACUUCCGAGAUCGCGGUUUGGGCAGGCGUGGCAGGCGAUAA